CCUCCACCCCUCCCCCGCCUCAUUCACCCCCAGCUGCCCCUCCUGUCUGCCCCCUCCACCACCCAAGAUGCCCCCUGUGCCGUCCCCUGCCAUGCGGCCCCCGGUGCCCCCCUCCUACCCCUGCACUGCACCUAGUCGACGACCACCAGCUGUGCCCAGGAGUGCAGGUGUGGGGAGGUCGUUGGCUUCUCCCCCUGUCCCACCGGCCCGCUCCCCGUCCACGGAGUUGACCAACCGGAUCCCUCCCCCUCAUCCUCCUCCCCUUCCCCCGUCCUUAAUGAGGAAUGGACACAGCCUAAGUUUGCACAGCCUGGAUGACUUUGAGUCUAAAUUUCAGUUCCACCCAAUAGAAGACUUUCCCCCUCCAGAGGAGUUUAGGCCCUUUCACGCAUCUACCCAAGCAGAGAGAACCAAGGAGGUACUCCUGUAA